AUGGAUAAGAACUGCAUCCUGAGUACAGAAAGGUGUGACAAGAAGUCGUCGCAAGUCAGGGGGGAACCGAAUAUUGGAAACAGAGUUUCUAUGUUGACCAAAAAAACUGAGUGCUUAAGGGAAUAUCGAAGGCUGAAGCUGCAGGAGGAUUUUUUGGAAAAGGAUCUUGCGUCUACGAUAAAACGUAUGAAAAUUGACACUGAUAUGAUCCAUGAAAUAACUGAGAACCGGAUAAAAACCCUCGAUGAAAGACAGCCAAGCUUGCAGAGACUGGAGUGCACGACCCUCGGUAUUCUGAAUGAGUUAAAAUCGGUGAAAUUGAUGCUUCAGCAAACUGAUCCUUCGGCGAUUCGAAAUCUAGAUGUAAGCGAUUUCCGUUUGAGGCUAAUGAGACUAUCAAAUCAGAUCGAGGUCUUAAAAGGAGUAGAACAAAGUCUCGCCAAACUCGGCGAAGAAGAAUCAAUGCUCGAUUCCGAUCAACGAGCAUUCGACAGAAUAAUUUUUGCCGGAAACACGAACGGAGCUCCGAAACAAAGCGGAGAACGGAAGUGCCAGACUCGUUCCGGGGUCAACGAUCGGUUCAUUGAGCUUGUUGCUCGCACCGGUCACACACAGGGAUGGUCCGAAGAUGAUCAUUCCGUGUUCCUCAAGGUAAGGAGGAAAUGCGAAUCGGUUCCGAACCUUGUAACUGAAAUGCGUACGCGACGAGUUCACCUCACAAACGAGCAAGUUAUAAACCACGAGGCGUGGUACAAGCUGUACACCGAAUUGCGAUUGAAACGGAAGAAGGACAUCGCCGAGUGGCGAUCAAGGCGACAAGACCUCAAACCUAAGGCGAACGGAGAAACUGAGAGAAAAGAAUCUUCGUCUUUUCCUUACGGCUGUGCCCCUAUGGACGAAAAAGAAUCCAUUCCUCGAUGCAGGAAACUUGAUACGAGAGCGAGUAUCGCAGAAAAGAAGCAGAAGAUCGAGGCAUGGAGGGCAGAGAGAUCGAGGAAGGCUGCGAUGGACGAUGAGCAGAAGAAACGUUUAGAGAUUGAAAAGGCUGAGAAGGAAAGAAGGCGACGACAGGCUCUGCGAAACGAAGCUAAGACUAAACUUCAAGAGUUCAAUGGCCGAGAAAUAGCGAGAAAAUCGAGAUCAGAUCCGAACUUGCAGAGAAAUGAAAGUCGAACAUAUGUGAGGUCGGAUUCACUGAAAUUGUUAAAGUCCUUCAGAGAACAGGAUGAAAAAUUCAUACGAAAAAGGCUUAGCUAUCUGAAGGCUUCGAAAAAAAGUACCGCUAAUCCUGUAGCUACUGAUUCAAGGCCUUUAAAGUCAAGUGUCUCCUCGAUGGCGACAUUAUUUUUACCAACGAAAGUCUGGGAGCAAAGAUGCAAACUGGAACAGAAGACGGAUGAAUCCUUUGGCAAAAUCAAUUACAUCAAAGAUAUCCAAAAGUUAGGUCCUCCACGAUGAAAAUGCUACCGAUGACUUAUUGUAAUGUGAUACGAUCUGAGAUAACGUAUAUAUGUAUAUUACAGUACCCACAUAUCGAAAUUUCAUGCCUUUGGUAUAAAAGUUCUCGUAUUUGUAUAAUAUGUUGACAUAUGUGUUUAUUUUCUCUCGUACGAACGGAAUAUUUUUUCUUUCAGCCGAUUUACAUAAUAAGUUAUGAGUAAGGGCGACCGAUUCUUGUCCAUAACAAUUUUAGUUAUACUCGGUUUCAUAAGAUUUAAUAACUACCUAUAUUGUGUCGAUAUAACGUAUACAAUAAUAAUAAUAAUAAUAAUAAUAGUAAAGUAUGCAAUAAAAGGAAAGAAACGCUAAUGAAAAUCACGCAGCUGGUAAAUUGUUGUGGGUAACAUAUUAACGCCGUUUCGACUUUACUCAAAUAUAUAAUAUACUUUCUAUUUACCUUUUGUUUAUUUUAUUCAUCUUUUUUUUUUUCCUUUUAAUUAUGAUUACCAAAUACAAAAACAUAGGUGCUAUGUGAUAAUGUUAUAAUACAAGAGUGUCAUCAUAUUAUAUUGGACACAAUCGCUCUAGUCUGGGCAGCAACAUUCUGUACAACGUAAUGCGAAAACAGCUCAUUCAAAUACUUACGAGUUAGAUUCUUAUCGGUAAAACUAUGUAUAUACACGUAUGCAUUUUAGCAUAUAUGUAUAUAUAAUAGAUUUUUUAGAAGUACCUUCUAGAUAACCUUAUUAAAACAAAUUGUAUAUAUGCAUAUAUAGAUACAAAUUGUGUAUGUAUAUAUGUAUACAUAUAUAUAUAUAUAAAAGCGAACCGUUCUUCCUCAAGUCUUUUCGUCUGCGCAACUUUUCUCGAGCCAAUUUUUUUUUGUCUCUUCCUAUCGUGUUUUUUCCUCUUUCUUUUACUGUAGUGCGCAAUUCCUUUUAUCUAUGUACACGCUCGGAAAAUGUUUGGAGAAUGCUAGCGGAUUGUUUGCGAUUU